UUUUGGUGAUUGAAAAUUUGCGGUGUAAACAAGGCACAUGUAAACGGAUCGGGGCUGCCUGAUAGUGGGAAAACGUUUCGAACGGUGGUGAAAUUCAUAAGAAAAGUGAAGCUUCUUGGGGUUCUGUGAAGAAUACGAUGAUGUGUUGGGGAUCUUUUAUAAAAAAGAGCGAUUAAAAUUGAUUGUGUUCCGCGAAAAUCCCAGUCAAAUUCGGUUUCUAGAAGUUCUGUUCUUUGUCCCUUUACUUUCUUGGCACAUAAGCGAUCUGCCUCUGACCGGACCAUUGCACAGCCCCCAAAAUGCCGCAGAACGAGUACAUUGAGCGCCAUAUCAAGCUGCACGGCCGGCGGCUCGAUUAUGAGGAACGCAAGCGGAAACGGGAGGCUCGCGAGCCCAAGAAGCGGGCCGCCAUGGCCAGAAAGCUGCGCGGCAUCAAGGCCAAGCUGUUCCAGAAAGAACGACGCAACGAGAAGAUCCAGAUGAAGAAGAAAAUCCAAGCACACGAAGAGAAAAAGGUCAAGAAGACCACCGAAAAGGUCGAAGAUGGAGCCAUUCCGGCGUAUCUGUUGGAUCGUGGUGUGCAGUCCAGCGCCAAGGUGCUAUCCAAUAUGAUCAAGCAGAAACGGAAGGAAAAAGCUGGCAAAUGGGACGUGCCCAUCCCGAAGGUUCGCGCCCAGGCAGAUUCCGAGGUGUUUAAGGUCAUUCGCAGCGGGAAAACGAAGCGGAAAGCGUGGAAGCGAAUGGUCACGAAAGUCACCUACGUGGGGGAAAAUUUCACCCGGAAACCGCCAAAGUACGAAAGGUUUAUCCGGCCGAUGGCCCUGCGUUUUAACAAGGCUCACGUCACCCACCCAGAGCUGAAGGCGACGUUCCAUCUGCCGAUUAUCGGUGUCAAGAAAAAUCCUUCCUCGCCCAUGUACACCAGCCUGGGGGUCAUAACGAAGGGUACUGUGAUCGAGGUGAACAUCUCCGAGCUGGGUCUGGUGACCCAGUCCGGUAAGGUCGUCUGGGGUAAAUACGCCCAAGUGACGAACAAUCCGGAAAACGACGGAUGUAUUAACGCUGUGCUGUUAGUUUAGUUGCGAGGAAUUUCGCGCCCAUCGACCUGAUUUUUUUCGUUCUCAUCUUAAGUGUAUGCUCUAGUGUGUAAGGCUGCGUCGUAUUAGUGUGUAUGGAUGUGUUAAAAAAUAUAAGGACUGCAUUAUAUAACAUA